AUGUCUCGUGACAUCAGUUCCAAUGAGGAAUCAAAAUCUCGAAAACAUGAUCGCGUGAAUCUUGUUUUUGAAAAGCAGCCGUUGAAAACAGUUAAUUGGUGUUCUCUUGAUGUCUCACCGGCUCACAUAAUGGAGCUAACAACGUUUUUUUGGAUUUUCUUUUGGAGUGGAAUAUGUUCGGGAGAAACUAUCCAUGCCAAGCAGUGGUUUGUCUCAAGAUACGAUGGGACCUUUAAAAAUAACUGCGGGCUUAAUGCGUCAUCGCCAUGUAAAACCAUUCAGCAAGUUACUAUGCAUGCGUGUGAUGGUGAUAUAAUAAAUAUAGACGGCACAGGAACGUCACGUGACCCUUAUCCGUGCCAAAACGAGAAAGGAUUGGAUCUAGCUGGUUUAGUUCUGCACAGCUACAAGAGUCGAGCAUUUAUUUCCUGCAGGACCAAUGGAUUUCGGUUUUUUUGCGGCAUGGCUUCUCGAGGAGUCUUUUUAGAAGAAAUCACCUUCGUUGACACUUCAAUUUAUCUCUUUCAAUGUUCUUUAAACAUGGUCGCCUGCAGCUUUAUAAACAGCUCUGUACCUACACUCACCUUGAAAUUUGAUGAAUUCUUUGUGGUGAGAAAUGUUCAACUAAAUGGAUGCACCUUUCGAAACAACAGUGCUAGUAGUGUUGCAAUUUAUGGAAAUUCUUCCGUUAAUUUGAACGUUUCCAAUUCUAUAUUCGUCAGCAAUAAGAUACGCAGUGAAGGAGACGCCAUACUUAACAUGUCUAUUCAAAACUUACAAGGAAAUCAGAGCAGUAUCAAAGCUAAUUUUACUGAUGUAAGAGUGUCACAUAAUAACUGUUCAGGUCAAGCAUGCUUUCGAGUUUUUGCUGGCAUAAACGGAACUGACUUAGCUCUCGUUGUGGAGAGAGUACUUUUUGAAAACAAUGUGGCUGAAGUAAAUAUCUUGGACGUUCAUGGCUUUUCAAACGGAUACACUGCUUUCAAGUCGACACAAUUUCGAGAAAAUACAGGCAGAGCAGUCAAAAUCCAUAAUGGCAACUCAAUUGACUUAAAAAUCGAAACAUCGAAUUUUUCUGGGAAUGGAAUACCUUAUUCCAGAAUAAAACCUGAGUGGAACUACGAUGAAAGCAAUGGAGGAGCAGUUUUAGUCGAUGGAUUCACACAGGACGCCUUGGUUUCCCUGCACGGUUCAAAGUUCAAUUCGAACAAAGGCGGAAGUGGCGGAGCAUGCGCAUUUAUCAACAUAUUGCGGUCGCUUUUAGUGGACAUAAAGAACUGUCAGUUUGUGCGAAACGAAGGAAGGUUUUCAGGUGGAGCUGUAGCUGUGGGAAGUUUCUCUAAAUGGCUCUAUUACUCUGACUGGAUAUGUAUUCAUAGCUCAGAAUUCAGUGGUAAUAAACUGUUGAGAAAUGCAUGUGGUAGUGAUACUGUUUGUGGAGGUGGCGCAGUAGCUCUGUACAUGUCACACAUGGGUAACUUAUCAAUCGUCAAUGACACUUUCACAGAUAACCGAGUGGAAGGAAAGAGUAGCGGAGCCAUUUAUGGUGAGGGGGGCCGUCUGUAUUCGGACGUGGAAAUUCUGAACUGUGAAUUUUUCCGUAACUGGGCCUCGGAGUUUACCAGCACCCUUACACUGCACUUUCCUAAGUCAUCUCAGCCACGAGUAACUUUACAAAACCUGACAUUUAUUAACAAUAGUCGGGACGUAAACAAUUCUCUCAUUACCCAUGUCACGUCUGACAUUUUGAUUAAUCCUGGCAAUAGCUACGUCGUGUUACGCUCAUGUAAAAUAAAGAAAAAUUCCGGCGGUGGAAUACAAGUAGACUUCACACCCUACGAGCGACUUCUGGGUAGUAAUGUGAGUUUUGUUAUGGAGAACACUUUGAUAAGUGAAAAUAUCUACUUUUUAAUGACGAUCGGUAUUGAUGAGCAAGCAUUCCAACCGGUGUACCACUUAAAAAAUGUUUCAUUUGUGAACAAUAACUGCUAUACGGGUCAUAAAUUGAUCUGUAUUCAUUUAAGGGCCUUGCAUAGUAAUUGCUCGUUUCACUUGGAACAGAGCACAUUCCUAAAUAAUUUCGGCUCUUUAGGACUAAUACGUAUUGUUUCGUCGCCACCCGCCAUAUCCAAUACUAAAUUUCGUACGAUCAUUACCAACAGUGAAUUUCGCAACAACUCUGGAGGUGAUAAAUGCAUCCUUGAACUACUCAACGUUUACGCCACUGAAAUUCAAAACUGUAAUUUUACCGAUAACUUUGGAGGCGUGGGUAGUUCGCACAUACGCAUUUUUUCAGGCAAGUUGACAAUUUGGAAUAACACCUUUAAUCAGUCGGCAGAAUCUCAAGUGCUUUAUAAUGUGGGAGGAAAGUCAAAAUAUUUUGUGGCAUUCAAUGGAUUUUUGGCCGUAACACAAUCUGAAAGCGUCGAAAUUCGUAACAGCUCCUUUAUUUUGGAUCCUUUUAGUACAGACAGCAAAGCUAUAGUUGUUGUUGAAGGAGCAGGAAAGGGUAUCUUGGACAACUCUGUGCAAAUUGAAUCACCAGUCAACACCAAGCUUAAUAUGCGAAGGCUACAAACAUAUAAUUAUCACGAAGGAGUGACCAAAGAAUUGGUUUGGAUCAGUACCGAGCGUUGUCCUGUGGGAACUUACAGUAUCCGUAGAGGCAAACAGAGUGGCUACAGUGUCAAGGAACUAGUGAAUUGUUAUCGUUGUCCAGUUGGCGGAAACUGUUCAUCUUCUCUCGCUGCUCAGCCCAACUUUUGGGGUUAUCCUGUAAAUAAGGACAGCGUUUCCUUUCAGCUUUGUCCAGAAGGUUACUGCUGUUUGCCAUCUGUUGAUAACAAAUGCUCCUAUUACAACAAUAGCUAUCUGCAUUCCGGUUGCCAAGGCAACAGGACAGGUAUUCUUUGCGGACGAUGUAAACAGAAUUUCGUCGAAGGUUUAUUUACAACAGAGUGUGUUCCAGUGGAAGACUGUACCCAUCAUUGGUAUUUGGUUGUUUUUUUGGCAUUCACAAUAUCGUUUGCCUUUUAUCUUGUUAUAAAAAACCCGGUGUUUGAGGCAGUGGGAGAACAAUCAACAUGGUUCAUUCGGAGACGCGCAGAGGAUAAUUACCAAGUUAUUGGCAGCCCUAACAGCACGGUCAGAGAAAGUGUCUCUCCAAACUAUGGCUUUUUAAAGAUUAUCUUUUACUUCUAUCAAGUGGCUGGAGUAUUGACCGUGUCCUCAUAUGGGGUCAAAAAUCUAUUGCGAAAUGAGAUUGUCUUGCCCUUUACUAAUCUUUUGAACUUAAAACUAUAUGCCAAUACUAACUGGAAGAUUUGUUCUUGGCCGAUUUUCAGACCACGUUUAAAAUCAGUGUUCCCCUUGGUGACAGUAAUGACCAUUCUCUUCUGGAUUCCAGUUAUUUAUCUUCUACACAGCGGUCUAAACAAACUACGCAAGCGUGGGCCAACUUUUCCGCCAGCUGGUCCUUACUUUGGAGCUGUCCUUGAAACAGUGUUGCUAGGUUACUCAGCAGUAACUGGCACAAUAGUGCGAUUAAUCCACUGCGUUAGCAUUCAAGAAGUGCACCGCUGGUACCACGAUGCCCAGUACGUUUGCUACCAAUGGUGGCAGAAUACUGCUUUUUUCGUCUUUGGUCUAAACUUGUUUCCGUUUAUACCCACGUUGUAUUUCGCUUCGCUGCAACUCUUUCGUGGCAAGAUUUCAACAAAGAUAUUUCUGCUGGUCAGCAUCCUACCUUUUCCUUAUCUCAUCUUUCUUUUGUGUCAGUACGUAAAGAAAAAAAUAACCAAGAGAGCGGACUAUCAAGCAAUCCCUUCAACUGCCGGCUCAGUUCACGAAGAAGAACAACGUGACACAAAUUCUUCCACAAGUAUCAGAGCGUCACUUCUUGAGGUUCUCUGCGGUCCAUUUACAAAGCCACAAGGUGACCAAUCAAACGGAAGGAUCUACUGGGAGAGCAUUCUCAUUGGUCGUCGAUUCCUCAUAAUUGUGAUUAGUUGGUUGCUGUUAGAACAUGCGCUUAUGCGUUCUGUGUGUCUGACAAUCCUUUGCCUCUUUUACUUGUUGCAUCACAUAUACAUGAAGCCCUUCGCCCAAUGUCGUGCCAACGUCACCGAAAUCGUCUCCUUGACAAUCUUGGUCAUUAUAGGAGUACUAAACGUGGGCCUUGCGUCGGCAAGAAGUGACGUCAGUGGUAUCAAUCAACGGUAUUUCUCCAUUCUUUUGAUGUCUGAGGCGGUAAUUCUGAGUGUUAUAUCUAUGGUUUCCGUAGCUUUCGUCAUCUUGUACCUUCUUCUGCAAAUUGUACGGAUGGUGAUCAACUUAUGGGAAGCUAUUCAAGCAAGAUGGUUAAUUUUUAAAAGAAAGUAUGACAUACAGUUGCCCGUCCAGGGUGGAGACGAGAGCUAG